AUAUUUUUAUGUCUCGUCGUUUAUUUUAUAGUAUUUGUAUAAUUGUAUCUAAUAUUCUAAUCAUUGAACAAACUCGCAUACUCACCAGUGAAAGUCUGAAAUAAUAAAAAAUUCACACGUCGGUACGGCAAAGAGUUUAACUACUAUACAUGUUAUAACUGACAUCGCGGCGUACGAACUAAACGGAGCCUUAACACGUUAGACGUUACACAUUACACAUUAUACUAUAUUGUAUUACCUACGAAUAUAAUUUACUAAUUUACAAGUGCUUAUGAACGUAAAUGUUUUAAUAAUUUGAAAUACAAUUUUAAUUAACAAUAAUGUCUAUCAAAAAACUUUAUGGCGUUCCCGCAAUCGAUUUUGUAAAAAAGUUUGUUGAUAAGUAUAAAAGUGAAAUCGAUUCAGAUUUAAAAUUUAUAAUCGGUUGGUAUACCGUUAAUAAGAGCCGUAAUUUGCAUGUAUUAAUUUUAUAUGAAACAACAUCUGAAGAAUCUGCUGCAUCAAUCCUCUUACUUUCAAAAUGCGAUUUCGACCCACUGAGACGACAAAAAAAUCCAAAUAUUCUGGAUUUUGUGUAUACAAUUCAAUCGAGACGAAGGAAAGGAUAUGCUGCUCAACUUGUUACAAAAGCUCAACAGGAUUUCCAAUUCACGGUAUUCUGCAAAAAUGAUGAGACAUCCAACUUGUUUGCAAAAUUGAAAUGUAUAAAAAAUGAUUCUUUAACCAAAUCAACUAAUUUGGAUGUGUUCCGCUGGGACAUGGCACGUAAAAACUAAAAACUAAUAAAUUAAUGCAAUUCAUUUUUUAUUUUAUUACUCAACUAAAAUUGAAUUUUACUCGAAAACUAAUUGGCUACUUACUUAAUUUUAACUUUUAGUGUUUGAAUCAAAAGUUAUGACAAAGAAGAUAGGAAAGUUGGACAUAGUUAUUUUAUUAAAUUCAAUUUUAGAUUUAAUUUCAAAAUUUGUUUCAUUAGCUAAUUAUUAACACUGUAAUUUUUUUUUGUUUAUGUCAAAUACAUUUUCUUGAUAAAAUAAAAUUUAAUUUUGAAAUUAAUUAAA